AAUCGACUUUUGUGCUGCUCUAAUCCGGAACCUAAUGUUUUUUAAGUCGAGUCGUGUGUUUUUAACUCUGUUCACAUAAAUCAUUGUUUACGUUGCCAAGUUUAAAAUUUUCAAGUCCACAAUACAAACGUACUCCUCCACAUAAAUAAAUCAGGAUUGGAUCGGCAUAGGAUCGAUGACACAUCCAUCGAAGAGAACCCACUAGAAUACGGGAACAAAGUCUAAACGGGAAAUACUAGUACUGCAUUACGAAAUUCGGGACAAGACCACGUAGCCAAAAGAUGCCCAUUGAUACGCGCGAGCUGAUGGAGGCGAUAGCCAUCGUGGCGGACGAUCACAAUGUCCGCGUCGCCGUGAAGCAGUCCGGCAAGGGAGCGGCCAUCUGCGCCGCCUGCUCCUUCGCGGGUGGCAUGCUCCUGGGACCCGUGGGACUGGCGGUGGGCGGGGCCGCCGGUGGUGUAGCCGCCUACAAGUUGACCAGCGGAUCAUUCCGGCCGCUGGGCGAAGUCAUCCUGAACGACCUGACCGACAGGCAACGCGAGCAGCUGGUGCAGCACGUGUCCAAGGCCGUAGCUGAUAUUCACCCCACGGAUGUGGUGAUGCUCCUGCCGCUGAUCGUCCAGAACGCCUCCAUCCAGCAGGCUGUGCUCAACACGGUCAUGUCGUUUGUUACAAACGAACUGCGCAUGCAGAUUGUCGACUGACCUGCCGCGCAGGGAGGAUGACGAGAGAUUUGGUCUGCGAUCUUAGUCGAAACCGUUGUGAUUUGUGUAGGUUUAUUAAUAAAUACUCUAUAUGUACAUAAA